AAUUUGACGUCAUUUCCUCCGUUCGCCCUUUUCCACCGUGUGCUCAGACUUCCAUACGGCGUUGUCUCGUGCUCUCCCAUUUAAGUCGUAACGCAGGGAAAGUGGUCACGAUGUCCGGAGGUCUGGAUGUCCUUCAGAUGAAGGAGGAGGAUGUGCUGAAGUUCCUGGCUGCAGGAACCCACCUGGGAGGCACCAACCUGGACUUCCAGAUGGAGCAGUAUGUCUACAAGAGAAAAAGUGACGGUGUUUAUAUUAUUAAUCUGAAGAAAACCUGGGAGAAGCUGCUUCUGGCAGCGAGAGCAAUAGUUGCUAUUGAGAACCCAGCUGAUGUGUGCGUCAUCUCCUCCAGGAACACUGGACAGAGGGCAGUGCUGAAGUUUGCCUCUGCCACCGGUUCUACCACCUUCCAUGGUCGCUUCACCCCCGGCACCUUUACCAAUCAGAUCCAGGCUGCUUUCAGGGAGCCCCGCCUCCUGAUUGUGACUGAUCCCCGGGCUGACCAUCAGCCACUGACAGAGGCUUCAUAUGUCAACAUCCCCACCAUCGCCCUGUGCAACACUGACUCCCCGCUGAGAUACGUGGACAUUGCCAUUCCUUGCAACAACAAGGGUCACCACUCUGUGGGUCUGAUGUGGUGGAUGUUGGCAAGAGAGGUUCUCAGGAUGAGGGGAACCAUCUCCAGGGAGCACCCAUGGGAAGUCAUGCCUGACUUGUACUUCUACAGGGACCCUGAAGAGAUUGAGAAGGAGGAGCAGGCCGCAGCAGAGAAGGCUGUUGUAAAGGAGGAGUUCCAGGGUGAAUGGAGCGCGCCUCCAGCUGAGUUUACUCAGCCUGAGGUGGCCGACUGGUCUGAGGGUGUUGCUGUGCCGUCUGUGCCCAUCCAGCAGUUCCCUGCAGCUGCUGCACCUGUUAAGACUGGGGAAGUCUAUACUGCGGCGGAGGACUGGAGCACUCAGCCUGCCACGGAUGACUGGUCCACUGCUCCCACUGCUCAGGCUUCUGACUGGGGUGGUGCUACUUCUGACUGGUCUUAAACCACUGACCAUGGCAACAAUAAAUGUGUUUUAAACUUUAA